CACGAUGCAUUUCCAUUACUUGGGCAUUAUUAAUCAUAGUCUGUCAAGCGAUGUGCGAGUCCCGCUAUAUAGGUGGGAGUCCGAGCCAGAACCUUGCACUGACUAUGCCCACGCUAAAUGCUGCCUACUACAGUCACAGAAUACUCUUUCUGACCGGUCUAUGCACGCUGUCGUUAACGCUGCUCGGCUGUCUGGCUGUUGCCGCAGAGCGCGUCGCAAAGCUGCGAGCCUGGACGCCUAUGCUCCGCGCACGCAGAGUAUUGUGUGGCCAGCACUACCCGCCGAAACGGCCCGUGUCGUGGAGGUGACCUUUCUGCAUACGCCCGGUGCCGUGGAUUGCCUGUGCCGUGGCUGCUGCCAGGCGAGGAAUGUGCUCUGCCUGGAGGAUUGUCUGAAUGCAACGGAAUGUUUUGUUCGCAUAAGCCAAAGAAAGUACAAUACAGUAAAUAUGAAGGCGGCACAAAGUAAAAAUGUGGAAAAGUUGCUGUUGCUACUGCUGCUGCUCAUUGGUUAUCCCCAACUCUUUGAAGCGAGCAACUUUACAGACGAUUAUUGGCAAACGGAGUCACAAUCAGUGGAGGAGGACGAUAAUGCAACAACGAAUUCGAGUGGCUAUAGAAUUAUUAGCGACAUUAACGAUAAAAAUAGCAUUUAUAUUCCUGUGGAUCCAUUGAUGAGGGUGGCCUUUGUGGCUCUGCUGUUGCACGUACUCAUCGUUGGUGGAGGCAUUAUCAUCUACAGCGUUGUCUACUGCAAGUCACGUACUGAUAAAAAGCGGCUGAUGGAAAUGAAACGUCGCCUGCAGAGUCCACCAACACUGCAGCAUUUGCCCAACAGCCAGAAUUGCCCUUGUCAUGGCUGUCGUGUAGCCAGACAAAUUCUAAGCGGUCUGAUCGUACAGCAGAUUAUAACAGAGCGUUCAGAGUGUUAGCGAUAACGAUAAGCUUUUAACGCUGGUCACACUCUUGUAGUUUUAGGCGAACGGCAAACAUGGAACACCUUGUAGUAGGAAUGUGCAUCAAUGCAUAUAAGCGAUUUAAUGUCAAAAUCAAUCAAUUAUACAGUCAAACAGUGUGAAAUAUACUCUAACAGGUUCGAGUGCUCCUUUACCUUGACAAAAAGAACGCGUCAAUAAAUA